AUGCGGCGUCUAGUAAUUCUAUGUCUAUGUGGAGUGCGAUGUCAAGAGCGUUUCGUGACUGAUACUGGGUGUUCCGUGUCUAACGUCAGAGGUAUUGCAGACUGCAGCUUCCUUCUGUUGGCAAAAACUGGAUCAAGUGAAUAAGAUUACUGUUAGAUUGGUAUUCCCUACUAAUACAUAAAACGCAGUGAUCCAUUUCUGAAUUUACGGUCUUUAUUUUUAAUAAGCUAAAAACAAUUUUGAUGUUGAACAUGUAACUAAGAAAAGGGACAGCUUUCAUACAGCUUUAAAAUGUCAUUUUUGUGCGGCGAUAGUUAAAAUACGUUUCGGCAAUAGAAAAUAGCUGGAUCAGAAAGAAAACAUGACCACUCCUUCUUAUCCAAAGGGCUGACGCAAGAAUCGAACGUUUGACUCUUGUAUAAACUCGUAGAAAUGCCAGUGGCUGGUCUGUAAAUGAAUGCAUUUAUCGAUAAAUUAUCUGAACCCUCUAAAUACAAAUUAAGAAUGAGAAGAAGCCGAUUUCUGUUUUUCAGGAAAUCGCGCGAGCAUUCGCUGUCCGGUCAAGCGCACUGUUGCUGUGGAAACGUAUGCAAGCGGAACAACGCUAAGAGAAACGUGUUUUCUUUUAUAUCUUGGUGCUACUGUUAAAAAAUAAUCGAUUGUGAUAAAAAAAAAAAUCUGUACAGCUCAGUAAUUAAUAUGCCAGGAGACGUAGAUCCGCUCGCAGUAACUGAAGUCCCCGAGAAGCAGCCUGCCGGGGAGAAUGAGAGUGUGAAUUGGGAGCACCAGUACCUCUCUCAGAUCCCUUUCAAAGUCCUCAGAGGUCAUUCUGAUGCCGUCAGCUGCUGCCAUUUCUGCUUCAAUGACAAUAGGAUUCUUACCAGUUCUCAUGACAAAACUAUUAAAUUAUGGGAUAUUAAUUAUGAUGCUUCUUUAAUAACAUAUGAAGGAGGACAUUCUGCACCAAUUGUUGAAUGUGCUUUGAUUUCUAACAACAAAAGGUUUGUGACAGCUUCCUGGGAUAAGACAGUUAAAUGCUGGGAUUUUGAGACACAAAAAAUACUUUGGACUGCUGUUUGUGAUGGUCUUGUAACAUGCUGUGAUGUUUCUCCUGAUGGAAAGUACAUAACAUGUGGUUCUGACAUGGAAAAUUCUGCUUACAUUUUGGAUGCUGGAAGUGGUAAAAUAAUAAAGAAACUCAAAGACCAUCACAAGAGCACGGUGACGGCCUGCCGGUUUGAUCCUGAUAGCCAGCGUGUGGCUUCUGUUUCAUCUGACAAAACAAUUAAGCUAUGGGAUUUGGUGGCACAAAGAACAACGCUCAAUAUAAAAAGUGGCCAUUUAAGUGUCAUCUCAGAUUGCAGCUUUAGCAAAAAUGGUUUUUACUUGUGUACAGCAUCAUGGGAUAAAAAACUUCUUCUGUGGGAUAUCAAAACUGGGAUGUUCCGCUCCUGUGGAGCAGUUGCCUUGGACCAUGGGCAUACCGGCAGCAUAAGCUCCUGUAAAUUUUCUCAUGACUCAUCUUUUUUAGUAUCAGGUGCUUAUGAUAAAACAUUAACCCUCUGGGAUACAGAAGCAAGGUGCAAAAAGAUAGUUUUAAAGGGUCAUGAGGACUGGGUAAUGGAUACUGCUAUAACAACCGAUAAGAAGUGGAUCGCUUCUAGCUCAAAGGAUAUGACAUUGCGAUUGUGGAAUACUGAAAAUCUACAUUAUAUUCCUUCUGUCAUUGAAAGUCAGAAAACAGUGGGUUUAAAAAUAGUUAUGUGUAAGGAAUGUGGGAAGCCAUUUUCUAUCAACCAGAUGGAAGACUUGGAAAUUAUAUCUCGGUGUGUCUUUUGCAGAUUCAAUGAUCCUCUUAGAAAUGCUAUACCAUCACCACCUACCUUUUGAAUUAAAACUAUUAAAAAUGUAUGACUUUUAUAAUAUUUAACUAUUAAUGCA